GCUGCAGCAAAAAAGGUGGUGAAUGGGCUAUGGGCGUUUGGUAUGCAGGUGUGAAAGCAUUUCGCUGUAAUUAGCAUUCUCACCUUGGCAGUGUGAAGUUGUCCUCGUUUUGAGUUUAAACUUCUACUUGUUUACCCAACAACUUUGGGGAGAGGGGAACUGCCAGGAAAAUCGCAUAUUUUCACAUUUUCAGUGCGUUUAUAAUUUAGUCAAUUCAAAUUGCUUACAAUGGGUGGUUGUUGUUCUCUCAGCAUUUGGUUCCUUGUAGCCUUCACUCUCAACAGUGGCUGUACAAGGACUGCCACGCAUGGCUUGCAAAGGAGCAAAAGGUUUCUAAUAUUUCCUCGACAAGCACCUACACGUUAUCAAUUCAUUGGCGGCAUUGGCAUACCAGCAGAUCUCGAUUAUGAAUCCCUAACCGUUGGCCAUGUUCUCAAGGCUGAAUAUUGGCUGCCCUACAAUGCGACAGUUUUUCGUGAAAAUCCAUUUUGGCCGGAAUAUAAAAGUAAAUAUAAUUCCACAAAUCCAACGUACAUUUACGCCAGAGAGUCGAGACAAUCUACGCUGCGUUGGAAUUUAUAUUCUUAUAUAGCGGAUCGUCUUGAGAGCUACGGUUACAAUGGCAUGCAGUGUGUACUAAAGGCGAUAUGCGAGGCGAACAUUCUGAAGUUCCAGCAACAACAUAGCGUUUUCGAGAAGAUCAUGCAUAUUUUAUUGAGCCCCAGCACGUCGGCAGAUAAGCCAACAGCGGUGAGCGCGCUGUACAAGGAAGCUGAAAAAAUUGGUGGCGUGAUUGGAGAUUGUAAUUUUUAUAAAUGCAAACUUAGUUUAAUAGACUGGAUAUCAAGCGUACUUCAAGUUGAAUAA